CGAGGAAGUGUCCAAGCGCUUUGCGGGGGUGGCACCGCGUCCAAUCACUAGACAUUAGUUGUCCAUCCGCUGAAGUGUCCAAGUUUGUCCCCUGCUGGAGACUCGGGAAUCUGCUGCUGCCAAACUGCUCUCACUCCUCUCGGCCAUUCCCGUGACAGCGGCUGCCUCGCCUCUAACAUCCGAACGGACAGACAUGACUUCCUUUCCGGGAGGUUUAAGGAAAGCAAUGGCAGGCGGUGGACUGUUACAGUUCCAGGAGGCCAUCAGAGAGGAGUUGGAAGAAGCCAUGAAGGCAGACUUGGAAAAAAUUCUCUCCACUGCCCCUGAAUCAGAAAUAGAGCACACAAAGAAAGACCUGGCUGGGUUUCAGAAAUUGUUCCACAGAUUUCUACAGGAAAAAGGUCCAUCAGUCGACUGGGGAAAGAUCCAGAGACCUCCGGAGGAUUCUAUUCAGCCAUACGAGAAGAUAAAGGCGAAAGGUCUCCCCGAGAACAUCACGUCCGUCCUAAACAAGCUGGUUGUGGUGAAGCUUAAUGGCGGUUUGGGUACGAGCAUGGGCUGCAAAGGUCCCAAAAGCCUGAUUGGAGUUCGGAAUGAAAAUACUUUCCUAGAUCUUACUGUGAAGCAAAUAGAGCACUUGAAUACAACGUACAACACAGAUGUUCCCCUGGUCCUGAUGAACUCUUUCAACACAGAUGAAGAUACCAAGAAAAUCCUACAGAAAUACAGUCACUGUCGAGUGAAGAUUCAUACUUUUAAUCAGAGCAGGUACCCGAGGAUAAGUAAAGAGUCUUUAUUACCCGUUGCCAAAGACUUGUCGUAUUCUGUGGAAAAUGCUGAGAGCUGGUACCCCCCUGGCCACGGUGAUAUCUACUCCAGCUUUUAUAAUUCCGGCCUCCUGGACAGACUCAUCGGGGAAGGGAAGGAGUACAUCUUUGUUUCCAACAUUGACAAUCUCGGGGCCACAGUGGAUCUUUAUAUCCUAAACCAUCUCAUGAAUCCACCAAAUGGCAAGAGAUGUGAAUUUGUUAUGGAGGUGACAGACAAAACAAGGGCUGAUGUUAAGGGUGGGACCCUCACUCAAUAUGAAGGGAAACUGAGGCUGGUGGAAAUUGCCCAAGUGCCCAAAGCCCAUGUUGAUGAGUUUAAAUCGGUCUCAAAGUUUAAGAUCUUCAACACAAAUAAUUUGUGGGUUUCCUUAUCUGCGAUCAAGAGGCUACAAGAAGCCAACGCCAUCGACAUGGAAAUCAUCGUUAAUCCCAAGACUUUGGAUGGGGGAUUAAAUGUGAUUCAGCUGGAGACGGCCGUUGGAGCAGCUAUUAAGAGUUUUGAAAAUUCUUUGGGUAUAAAUGUUCCUCGAAGCCGUUUCCUUCCAGUAAAGACCACGUCAGACCUUCUGCUCGUCAUGUCCAACCUGUACAGCCUUCAGGCCGGCUCCCUGACGAUGAGCGACAAGCGAGAGUUCCCCACCGUCCCACUCACUAAACUGGGAAGCUCCUUUACUAAGGUACAAGACUACUUGAAGAGGUUUGAAAGUAUCCCAGAUAUGCUGGAACUGGAUCACCUCACUGUGUCCGGAGAUGUCACAUUUGGGAAAAAUGUUUCACUUAAGGGGACUGUAAUUAUAAUUGCAAAUCACGGAGACAGAAUCGACAUUCCUCCCGGAGCCGUAUUAGAAAACAAGAUCGUGUCUGGAAACCUUCGGAUCCUGGAUCACUGAGCUCCGACCCUUUUUUUUAUGGAUGAUGUAGAAUUCCGGCAAGUGUUCUACACGUGGAUCUCUAGUUUUUAAUUCUGACCCCCCGCUGUACCUCGCAGUAUUCUCAUGUGUGUGAUAUUCUUUAUUUAUGACACAGCCAGAAAGCAAUAUGUAAACAUUUAGUCUAAACACAAAUCUGCUCAUGUGGAAAGAAACUUCAAGUGCAAUAUUGUCCUAAACUGGGAAAUAAAAGGACAAACAGA